AUGGACGCGGCAACGAUCGAAGAGACGAACCGCAUCCGGAUAUCGCUGGGCAUGAAGCCCUUGCCGGUACCUGGAGCUGCCGCAUCGCCCCAAGCCGAGGCUUCAGAUGGCGAAGAACCAGCGAGCACAGUCGAGAGUCGCCAGGCGCAAGCUUACGACAAUUACAAGAAAGUUCAGGAUGACGAGGCUGCCAAGAAACGACGCGAAGAAAAAGCUGCUGCCGUGCGAAAGGCCCGUGAAAAGGCCCAGCGGUUUGCACUUCUCGAAGGGAAGGGGCUGGGCGAAGAAGAUGAAGGUGGCGACAUGGAUGCGAAGGCGUGGUUGACAGGCCAAAAGAAGAGGCAGAAGAAGAUUGAUAAGGCAAGGAAGCUCGAGGAGGAACUUGCUGCAGCAGAAGCUGCCGCUGCCGCUGCCAUACAGUACACCUCCAAAGACCUUGCUGGCAUCAAGGUUGCGCACGACUCAACAGCCUUUCUAGACGGAGACGAACAGGUCCUUACUCUGAAAGAUACGACAAUUGAUGAGAAUGAGGAAGAGGGAGAUGAGCUUGAGAACCUAAACAUUAAAGAACAAGAGAAGCUCACCGAGAGACUGGAUCUCAAGAAGAAGCUAAAAGGCUACAACCCUAAUGAUUAUGACGACGGCGAAGGCACUAUUCUGGCACAGUAUGACGAGGAGAUCAACGGCAAAAAAGCGAAGAAGUUCACUCUUGAUGACGAUGGCGCUAUUGCCGAGCUUUCAGACAUCCUCGGCCAACCGGAGCGAAAAGGAAAGAAAAUUCAGUCAACAAGCCUUGACGAUAUUAUAGAUGGCGCAGCACCCUCAUCCGACUAUCUUGCUCCAUCAGAGAUCAAGGUGAAGAAGCCAAAGAAGAAGAAGGGAAGCAAGGGGACCAGGCAAAAACAGCAUGAUGAGGAUGACAUCUUCCCUAUAGAAGCAGCGCCGGCGGAUACCGGCGCCAUGGAUGUCGAUUCUAAAGAGUCUUUAAUGGCUAAGAAGCGGAAAGCCACUACUUCAGAUGCCUUUGCCGAUGAUGACGAUCUCCAAGCAUCACUAGCAAUCCAGCGGAAGAAUGCUCUAAAAAAGCGCAAAAGGACACGUCCUGAAGAUAUCGCAAGACAACUCAAGGAGGAUGAGGAGGAGCCCGAGGAAACCCAAAGCGGCGGUCUUGUCAUUGGUGAGAUUUCCGAAUUUGUCGCCGGCUUGAGUAAGCCAGACGACGAAGACCGCCAGUCGAGGAGGCAAAAGCAGGCCACAAAAAGUCCCGAGUUGGAUGAGGAUCGUCAUAUGGGCGAUGAAGACGAAGAUGCGGAAAUGGACGACUACACGGCGGAACACCAAGAAGCCCUUCUCGCGGCCCAGAAAGAAGAGGAAGAGAGAAUCAAAAGGGAACAGGGUGAAGAUGAUGAUGCGGGUAUUGAAGAUGAAAAGGUUGUUGGCGCAGGCAUGGGGGCGGCCCUCGCAUUGCUUCGAGAGCGGGGUCUUCUCGAAUCUUCUGAUAGAGGAAACUAUGAAGAUUUUAAAGCUCGCGAAGAUUUCCUUGCAAAGAAACGAGUAUUGGAGGGCGAACUGGACGAGCAAACACGACAGCAGAGAGAACGUGACAGGAUGAGCGGCAGACUAGACCGGAUGUCCGUCAGGGAAAGGGAGGAAUGGGCUCGUUACAAGCCAAAUGUCGAACUAAAAUACGUCGACGAUCAUGGCCGGAGAUUGGAUCAAAAGGAGGCGUUCAAGCAUCUCAGUCACCAGUUCCACGGAAAGGGCAGCGGCAAGGGCAAGACGGAGAAGCGCCUGAAGAAGAUUGACGACGAGAAGCGGCGCGAGGCCCAGAGCAUGUUCGACGCAAGCCAGAAUGCCGGUAUGAAUCUGGCGACGGCGCAGCAGUUGAAAAAGCGCAGGGAAGCUGGAGUACGGCUCGGCUGA